ACAAAUUGGAUUCUAGAGACACGCGUGCGCACAUGUGGCCGGCAGGCUGCGCACUUCAGGAGGGGUGUGUGGUUUUAGCAUCGAGACUGGGUCAGAAAGUGAAACAUUUCCAGCAAGUGGCGUUCCCACUUAUUUACAGCAACACACGUAGGGAGUGCUGUGUGUGUGCCCCGUUAACUACCGGGAAUCAUGACGAGGAAGCAACUGCGAAGUGAUAGAAUGCACCGUUAUUCCUUAUCAUAAAGUUUCGCGUCAAUCUUUGGAUCGUUUGAAUACUUUCAUGAGAGUGAGAACAAGAGGGGAAGCAAUACUUUCUUCUUCUUAAGUUCUAGAGAAAAGAGAAAGUGUGAUUUUGUUUAAAAAACAACCAGCUGCUUCGCCCUUUACAUGAAGGAGUGAGAAGACGAAGGAGUCGCUUGUUGCCCUUUGAUAUAAAAGAGAAGGGGGUAGAGAGGGGAAGGAGGACGGUCUCGGAGAGACAAGCUAGGGAGGUGGGCGAGCAGAGGCGCCGAGCUCGGGGGAGGGGGCAGUGAGCGUCUGAGGCGGCCUGUGACAUGGCGGCGGCGGCUGGAACAGGAGGGGUCAGCACCCUGCCCACUCUCUCCGAUGCUGGCAGCAGCCCCUUCCCGCCUGGAUCCUUCAAGGAGCCCAAAAGACUGUACUGUAAAAAUGGGGGCUACUUCCUGAGGAUCUUGCCGGACGGCAGAGUGGACGGAACCCGUGAGAAGAACGAUGGCAACAUUAAACUACAACUGCAGGCAGAAGCUAUUGGAGUAAUAUCAAUCAAGGGAAUCUGUGCUAACCGUUUUCUUGCUAUGAAUGAAGAUGGCAAGUUGUAUGGCUCAAAAUUGCCAACAGAUGAAUGUUUCUUCCAUGAAAGAUUGGAGCCAAAUAACUACAAUACAUAUCGUUCAAAGAAAUAUGAAAGUUGGUAUGUUGCUCUCAAAAGAACUGGACAGUACAAACCCGGGCCAAAAACUGGACCAGGACAGAAAGCAAUUCUGUUUCUGCCGAUGUCUGCAAAGUGCUCAUAGUCUUUUCCAGCUGUUCCCAAUUUAUUUAAAGUGGCAAUUUCACAAACACAAAACUGACAUGACUGUUUUAUUGCUGUGAAAGGCACCAGUGUACACAGUAUCUUGUCGCCAUGCUUGAGUUGUUUUGGCGAUUUUGCAAACUGCAGUAAAUCAGCUGUGCAAUAUCACGCUAUACAAAAUGUGAUUUUUAGUAAAAUGUUAUCACAUUUGUUUUUUUUUUUUUUUUGAAAUUAUACAGAGUUAAACACCAAAAUGUCCUGUAUAUAACCCCAUAUACUGGUUUAUGUGGUAAAUUAUCAAGUUAAUUUUGGUUCAUAACUGUAUAACAAUUAUUUUGAUUUAGACUUGAGGUUGAUGCUGUGAUACAGUAUUUACUUAUCAAGAUAUUCAAAGGGUUACAUACACUACAGUCCCAACAACUGUUACAUUUGAUUCCCUUACACUAUUUGAACUGGCAACAAAUACACAACUAGAACCAAACAUUUAGGUGUUCAUUUAGGUGUUUCAUGUUGUCCACUGCCAGAUUAAAAUAUUCAUUUUUAAAAUAUAAAUUCAAUAAUUCAUUGGUUCUUUGUUUCAUGUGCAGAGUCAUAAAUAUUUAACUUGCAGUAUGUAUUGAUAGCUAUCCAAAAGGUAUUGUGGAAAUGUUAUGUUCAUUGUUUUGGAAUGUUGUUUUACUUUUUUUGAGUUAUUAGCAUUUUUUUCAUUUUGUGUUUUACUUUGAGGACUGCAAAACAGGCAAUGGAUUUUUGUAAUUAUAGGUUGGAAUGACUGGGAGUGACCAAAGAAAAGCAAUGAUCAAUGUGGAGAUAGCAAGAACUGCAGACGCUGGAGGAACACAGCAGGCCAGGCAGCAACAGAGGAGCAGGAAA